AUGACUGCACGGGAGCUGGAAUGCAAUGACAGGCCGGAUUGGCGUCGGUGGAUUCUCAGAUGCUUCCCCAAACAGGCACGACAGGCCAACACGGAGCAGGCACUGCGAGCAGUGGCCGUGGUGCUAGCAGAGCUUGCAGGGCAUCGCGACGGUAUGCCAGCCUUCACAGACAGACAUGAAGGGCCAAGCGGGCACAGGGUGACACCCGCAGCCGCCACGUCCUCUGAUUUGCUCUCUUCAGGACACCGGUCGCAACAAGCCGGUUUGCAUCUGGGUCAGACUCGGCACGCCGCAGGCGAAUGCCCAAAUGGCCCAAGUGGGCAAGUGCCAAAGAAGCGUCUGUCAGAAGCAGCACGAGUUGAGAAAAGCCCUGCAGCUGCGGCUGCACCCCGUGUUUCUGUGUCCUCUUUUCAAUUAAAGUCAGCGGAGGCCACACAUGUGCGGGGCUGA